GGUGUAGUUCGUGCAUCACAGGUCCACAGCCACAUAUCUGGCUUGGUCUUCUCUGCACCCACUGCCCCUCGCCCAGGAAAGAAGAGUAUUUCUCAGGUUUUGUACAGCUCCGUGGGGAUGGGAUUCCACCAGCAUCUCCUCCAGAGGGUUGUGGUGGAAGGAGUCAGUGGAGACAGCCCCAGGCUCCUGAGGAGCUCCUCAGCUUUGCAUCACUUGGAGAAAUCUGGUCUUUCUGUUCUCCUGAUGCGAGAGGUUUACGAAGCCCGUAAAUGCUGACAGUGUCAGUAGCUGCAGAGGGCGGAUUCUGCUGCUGUUAAUUGCUAUUUAGCAGAAGGUUUUGAUAGAAGCUUGUCUCUGCAACACUGGAAAGGAAUAAAGAGCACAAUGACUGCUUUGGAUGACAAACUGCUUGGUGAGAAGCUGCAGUACUAUUACAGCAGUAGCGAGGGUGAGGAUGAAGACAGUGAGAAAGAAGAUAAAGAAGGGGAGAGCACCGUUCCUGAAAGCGUUGGGGAAGUAGAGCUUAGCAGCGAUGGCAGCGCAGUCAACACAGGUCCCAAAGGAGUCAUUAAUGACUGGCGAAGAUUUAAACAACUGGAAACCGAACAGCGGCAGGAGCAGCGCAGAGAAAUGGAACGGCUCAUCAAGAAAUUGUCUAUGACAUGCAGAUCUCACUUGGAUGAGGAGACUGAGAAGCAGAAGCAGAAAGAGCUUCAGGAAAAAAUCAAUGGAAAGAUGACGUUACAAGAGUAUAACAUGAUUCACAAUGAUGAAGAUGAUGAGGAGUUCCUGCAGCGAUACAGGAAGCAGCGAAUGGAGGAGAUGAGGCAGCAGUUGUACAGCGGGCAGCAAUUCAAACAGGUUUUUGAGAUCACCAGUGGAGAAGCGUUUUUGGACACGGUUGAUAAAGAGCAUAAGAGCACGCUGAUCAUGAUCCAUAUUUAUGAAGAUGAUAUCCCUGGCACCGAGUCCCUGCACGGCUGCAUGAUCUGCCUGGCUGCAGAGUACCCAACGGUUAAAUUUUGCAGAGUGAAGAGUUCCCUCAUCGGCGCCAGCGCUCGCUUCACCAACAACGCUCUGCCGGCGUUGCUGGUCUACAAGGCAGGUGAGCUCAUCGGCAAUUUUGUGCGAAUCACUGACCAGCUUGGAGAAGAUUUUUUUGCUGUUGACCUGGAGGCUUUUCUGCAGGAAUGUAGUUUGCUUCCAGAAAAGGACCUGGUGCUCCUGACUUCUAUACAUAAUCCCUCUGCGUGUUACAGUGAAGACAGUGAUCUGGAAAUAGACUGAACCACCUAGAGCCAGGGCCAGUAGGUGUAGUUGUACUGUGGGAUGUUCUUGUGCUAUAGGGAUUGUUCUCCUUCUGCUCUAGUGUGGGUAUGUAUUCUUCCCCAUCAUGCACUUUGACUUUUGCUUGUAAAAAAUAAUGUAAGGAAUUCCUAACAGUUUCUUAAAUUAAUAAAGUACACACUGAAACAGUC